UUUCUUCCCUAUUUUUUACAUCAUUGUCCGACGUGCACCUCACCAUGGACGAAGAUGUAGAUAUGGAUGCUCCACAGAUAUCGACACUCAGGGAAGAGGUUACACCCCCGCCUCCUCAGCGUACGGGGAUUCGUGUCAAGCUUGUCGUAGGCAAGAAAAACGCAGGUCCGACUGUUACCGUGCCAUCGAAACGAUCGCACACCGAAGAUGAAGACGACGAAGACGAGGACCAAGAAGACCAGCUUAUUGACGACGACGACGAUGUCAGCGCUAAACCAUCCAAGGCGCCUGCGCGUCCCGUAGAAACGACGCCUAAACGCAAGGCUCCGGUGAAGAGAAAGUCGAAGAAGAUAGAGAAAAAGGGGUCAGAAGAGAAGCAGGAAAAACCGGUACCACUGCCUCCACCGCCUUCGUUGCCAGAGGAAGGGUUUGACCCAAAUCAUAUAUCCUUGACUGUCGCCCCUCCAGUAGAGCCAGCAUCGGCACCUCCCAAGGGCAUGAAGAAGAAACCUGCAGCGAAGAAGGCGCCUGCGAAACCCAAAGCUACCAAACCUCCAAAGGUGAAGAAUGUCCUGCCUCAACUUGCUGACGAUGCUGGCGUGCUGAGCGAAGGGGGAUUUACUGGCACUGCUGCUUCAUCACCCGUAACGACUCAUUUCGCUAAUAGCCCUGACCCAGAACUAGGAGAUGCUCCUGGCGAAGAAAUCAACAUUGAGGCCCUUCUUCUCCCAGUAUACCCGCUUCCGACAAAACCUUUUCCCGUCCAACCUCCUCCCAAAAUCAGUUCCGGAUUUGCUCCUGUCAUGCCGCUAGACAGGAGCGGUAAAAAAGUGCGAUUAUGGCGCGUAGCCAACAGAGAGAUUCGAGGUAUUGCUGGAGGUCGUUGGUUUGCUCACGCAUGGGUUGGCGAAAAGGAUUCGGAAUACGCUGGUUCUAAAGCCAGCGAGGGCUCGUUGACUAUUCCAAAGUUACCGGCUGUGCUUUCGGCAUCAGGAAAGGGUAAAGGAAAAGUGAAUAAAGCACUUUCUCUGACGGGGACUUCGCGGUCAGGAUCACUUGUUCCUGAGGGGCCAACUAUUCCUGGCGUCCGUAAUCUCACAAAAAUGCGAAAUAGCAUGCAGUUCCCACCACCGCCAUCGUCCGAAGCAGGAGAUUCUGAUAUGAUGGGGCCGGGGUGAUGGCCCAUUAUCUUACAGUAUUCCGUAUAUAGCUUUGUAUAACCAUUCUUUCAUUCCGGGGACUGUCGUUACUUGUUAUCUAUGCACUAUAUAAUUUAUUACAGCCUUAUACUAUUAUCUCUAUGUUGACAUGACGUCGCAG